AUGAACGCCACCCAAGAACGACUGCCCUGUGGCCGCUGCCAGAGACCUCACUCACCCGGCUCCGCGGCCCGGGUCCUCCCACGUCUCCCAGAGGCUGUUUGUUCCCGGCCCCGCGAGCCUCCCCGGAGCGCGGGACCUCGGCCCGGGCUCCUCUUUGUAGCCGCGGCGGGUCCCGCUCCCCACGACGCCGCUCGGGACGCAGCCGGCCGAGCUCUGGCCGAGCCGGGGCGGCGGGACGUCGGGGAGACAGACAUUCGAGAGAAGACUGAGGGAUUCAAACUGAAAACCCCGAGGAGAGAGUUUUCGGAACUUCUCUUGUGCUUGCAAACAGCGACAGCCUCAAGCUGGGAAAGCAGCGUUGGGUGGACCGGGCAGGCGAGGACCGCGCCCCACCGAUCGCAGGAGCUCGGCCCCGGAGACGGCCAGGCCCCUCAUGGGGAGUCCCCGGGGACACACCUGUGUUUUUCUCUCGUGGAUGCUCCCUCUCUCUGCCUCGACCUCACUGUCGGAUCUCAGUCCAGACCUGGGCAGCCCUGGUGUGAAGUCCAGGGCUCAGUGGACACAAAGCCUUUCCUCCAGCAUGACAGUGACAGAAGCAAGGUCAAACCUUUGGGUCUCCUGGGGGAGGAGGUAAAUGCCACCAAAGCAUAGACAGAAUUGAGCCAAAUGCUGGGAGAAGUGGGACGAGAGCUCAGGAUGGUCCUGCCUGAUGCUUCUUUGUGUGGGGACACAGAUCUGCCCACCCUGCAGGUCAAGCUGUGUUGUCAGCGCGAAGCAGAGCGAUGCACUGGUGCAUCCUUGGACUUCAGCAUCAACAGACACACAGCCCUCCUUGACGCGAUGAACGUGAACCGGACAGUCGUCAAUCCUGCCACAGGGGUCAAGGAGGAGUGGGAGAACCAGGAAGUGGCAGAGUGUUUUAGGAUGAUCUCAACGGGAGACUGCAGUCACUGGUUUAGACAAUUCCUAGUACACUGGGAGAGCAUGCUGGAACCAGAACCCACGGAACCACCAUUAAAUGCCCCAGGUAAUGACCAGUCUGCAUCCAUCCAAUUAAUUGAAUGGAUCAUCCCAUUGAUUUUCACCUGCUUCGUCCUAAUUGGCUUCGUCGUCAUGAAACUUACGAAGAAAUCAGGGACCACAGCAGCCAUUCCAUCAUCUGAUGUUUCUUCCCUGGACCAGGAGAAGGUGGAAAUGUUAGACCAACCCUUGGUGGAAAAAACUGACCCUUGAUGACAGUCUGGCUGCUGAUCUAAUAUAUUAUCUUCUACUCAGAGGUGGGUUUACCAAGAAGGUAAAGAACCCUUUGCUUUCCACGGCUGUUGAUGAGCUCUUACUGCAGGAGUUAAGCGAAAAGGAGACAUGUCCAACCACCUUGCUGUACCUUUGGGAGGAGCCUCUCCACUGUGUCUCACAGGCCUUCCCGUCAAAGGGAGGAUCAGCACCUGAAAUAAAAGAGAGCUCUGUGUGCCCAGUUGUAUUGGACCGUUACCUAACACAGUACACAAAAAUUCAUUCAGAAUGGACAAAAGGCUUAAAUAUAAGACCUAAAACUAUAAAAUCUUAGAAGAAAACAUAGGACAAAAGCUUCAUGACAUUCGAUUUGGCUAUGAUUUCUUGGACAUGACACCAAAGACGCAGGCAACAAAAGAAGAAAAUAGAUAAACUGAACUUCAUGAAAUUUAAAAAUUUUGCACAUGGAAAGACAGUAUCGAAAGAGUAAAAAGGCAACCCACUGAAAGGGAGGAAAUGUUUGUGAAUCAUAUAUCUGAUAAGGGAUUAAUAUCCAGAAUAUAUAGAAAACUCCUAAAACUCAACAACAAAAACACAAACAAGCUGAUUGAAAAAUGGGCAAAAGACUUGAACAGACAUUUCUCCAAAGAAGAUAUACCAUAGGCACAUGAAAAUUGCUCAACAUCACUAAUCAUUAGGGAAAUAGAAAUCAAAACUGCAGUGAGAUUCCCCCUCACACCCAUUAGGAUGGCUUCCAUUAAAAAAAGAGAAAAUAGCAAAGAACAUAACGAGGUUGUGGAGAAAUUGGAAACUUUGUGCAUUUUUUGAUGGGGAUGUAAAAUGAUAUAGCUGCUAUGGAAAACAAUAUGGCAGUUCUUCAAAAAAUUAAAACUAGAAUUGCCAUAUGAUCCGGCGAUUCCACUUCUGGGUAUGUACCCAAAAGAAUUGAAAGCAGGGUCUCAAAGAGAUGUCUGUACACCUAUGUUCAUAGCAGCAUUAUUCACAAUAGGUAAAAUGUGGCAGCAACCCAAGUGUCCACUGAUGGAUGAAUGAACAAGAAUAAUGUGUUAUGUAGACACAAUGGAAUAUUUUUCAGCCCUAAAAAGAAAAAGAUUCUAAAAAAAAAGAAAAGAAGAAAAUUCUGACAUGCUACAACAGGGAUGAACCUUGAGGACAUUCUGCUAAGUGAAAUAAGCCAGUCACAAAAAGACAAAUACUGUGUGAUUCCACUUAUAGGAGAUAUACUACUCAUAUAAGUGAAAAAAACAUAGGACAAAAGCUUCACGACAUUCGACUUGGCUAUGAUUUCUUGGACAUGACACCAAAGACGCAGGCAACAAAAGAAGAAAAUAGACAAAUUGAACUUCAUGAAAUUUGAGAGUAGACAAAAUCAUAAAAUAGAUUUUAUGAAAAUAGAAAGGUUGUUGCCAGGGGUUAAGGGGAGGGGGUAAUGGGAGUUAAUGUUUAACGGGUACAGAGUUACAGUUUUACAGUGAUAAGAUCUAUGGAGAAGGAUGGGGGUAAUGAUUGCACAGCAAUGUGAAUGUAUUUAAUAUCACUGAACUGUAUACUUAAAAAUAGCUAAGACGGUAAA